CAUCUCUCGUGUGAUAACUUGUGGCGGCAGCAGCACGCGACUUUCCGGGCUCACCGUUUGGCCAUGCCAGGUGUUCCUCACCAUCAAGGCAACCGCAACGUGGGCGGCUUCGCCCGAGCUUGGUCGGCGGCGCACGGUGGCCAGCAAUGCUCCUACUUCGCGGCAUAUACCAUGUCACACAAGGGCAAGGCGACGUCCGACGUCUCCUUCAACCCGGAGGACCCGCCCGAGGCGUACACAAGUGAGAGCGCCUACAAGAAAGUCACCGAGUACCACGAGGCGGCGAGGGCGAUGCAUGGGUUGGAUUAUGAUCCAACGAAUGACAACAUCGAUGCACGCCUCGUCAUGUGUCUUGGAAAGGGAAAGCAACAUGGGCGCUACUGGAUGGCGAACAGCGUGAUCGACAGCACCACUACUCCCUCUCUCUCACAGAUCCGAGCACAGACCACGAGCGGCUCCGGACUCCCGCCGAUACGCGAGCGGCCGGCCUAUGCACAGGCCCGGGUCGAGGCACUACAGGCCCAGGUGGAAACUUCGAACAAGAGGGCUGACGAGCUGGAGGCGGUUGUGGCUUCAGAGCGGGCGGCGCGGCUGGCAACUGACCAGAGGAUGUCAGAUGUGCUGGCGUUUCUGCAGAGUUCUUUAGGUGUUACUUUGCCACCCAACUUGACGGGUCCACCUCAGCCUCCUCCCGUCGUUCCUCCCUUCGUUGCUCUCCACACUACUCCGCCUCAGUCGGCGGGUUCGAACCAAGUGGCGAACGAGCAUGGGAGACCGUCGCCGCCAUCAAAUGGGUGGCCCGAGUACGCACCUCCACCGCCGCGUGAGUAACGUCGUCGAAGAAGUUGUCAUGUAUUCCUUCUCUUCGUGUCAUGGACUUGGACUUGUUGUGUGGAACUUCAUGUCAUGGACUUGGACUUGUUGUGUGGAACUUCAUGUCAUGGACUUGGACUUGUUGUGUUGAACUUCAUUAGAAUCAAGUUGUUGUAUGGACUUUAUCGCCGAAUAAGUGAUGUUAUUAUGAGAUAUAUGUGCUAUUGUGAUAAAUCCUUUGCCGGUGGUGAUAAAAUUGAUGGAAUUGUGAUAUAAA